AUGCAGAUCUUCGUCAAGACGCUCACCGGCAAGACCAUCACUCUCGAGGUCGAGAGCAGCAACACCAUCGACAACGUCAAAGCCAAGAUUCAGGACAAGGAAGGGAUUCCCCCGGAUCAGCAGAGGUUGAUUUUUGCUGGUAAGCAGCUGGAAGAUGGGAGGACGCUUGCUGAUUACAACAUUCAGAAGGAGUCCACGCUUCACCUGGUUUUGAGGCUCAGGGGAGGCACCAUGAUCAAGGUCAAAACGCUUACAGGGAAAGAGAUUGAGAUUGACAUUGAACCAAAUGAUACCAUCGACCGAAUCAAGGAACGAGUUGAGGAGAAGGAAGGAAUCCCUCCUGUGCAGCAACGGCUUAUAUAUGCAGGGAAGCAGCUGGCAGAUGACAAGACUGCUCGCGACUACAACAUUGAAGGAGGCUCCGUGCUUCAUCUGGUGCUUGCCCUUAGGGGUGGUAGUAGUUCUUAUGAUUUAGUGUUUUUGAACUCUUUGGUUUCACCGUUCUGA